AUGAGAGUUGUUGUCGUAGUUGGUGCAGUGGUUGCUGUUGAAGUUGGUGCAGAAAUUGUCGUUUUUAGUGCAGGAGCUGUUGUUGUCGUAAUUGGUGCAGUAUUUGUUGUCGUGGUUGGUGCAGUAGUUAUACUUGUUGUUAGUGGUGGUGCAGAUGUUGUAGUUGAUGCAGGAGUUGUUGUUGUAGUUGGUGCAGUAGUUGUUGUAGUUGGUGCAAUAGUUGUUGUUGGUUGUGAUGGCAGAGUAGAUGUUGUAGUUUGGGCAGUAGUUGUUGUUGUAGUUGGUGCAGGAGUUGUUGUUGUAAUUGGUGCAGUAGUUGGUGCAAUAGUUGUUGUUGGUGGUGGCAGAGUAGAUGUUGUAGUAUGGGCAGUACUUGUUGUUGUAGUUGGAGCUGUUGUUGUCGUAAUUGGUGCAGUAUUUGUUGUCGUGGUCGGUGCAGUAGUUAUAGUUGUUGUAAGUGGUGGUGCAGAUGUUGUAGUUAGAGCAGGAGUUGUUGUUGUAGUUGGUGCAGUAGUUGUUGUAGUUGUCGGUGUAGGAGUUGUAGUUGUCGUUGUUGGUGUAGAAGCUGUUGUUGUCGUUGGUGCAGUUGUUGCUGUUUUCGUUGUUGGUGCAGAUAUUGUUGUCGUGGUGGGUACAGGAGUUGUAGUUGUCGUUUUUGAUGCAGUAGCUGUUGUUGUAAUUGGUGCAGUAGUUGUUGUUGAAGUUGGUGCAGAAAUUGUCGUUGUUGGUGCAGGAGCUGUUGUUGUCGUAAUUGGUGUACUAUUUGUUGUCGUGGUUGGUGCAAUAGUUAUAGUUGUUGUUGGUGGUGGUGCAGAUGUUGUAAUAGGUGCUGGAGUUGUUAUUGUAGUUUGUACAGUAGUUAUUGUUGUUGGUUGCGGCGUAGAUGUUGUAGUUUGGGCAGGAGUUGUUGUUGUCGUUGCUGGUGCAGGAGUUGUUGACGUAGUUGUUGCAGUAGUUCUUGUUGUCGUAGUUGGUGCAGUAGAUGUUUAUGUCGUUGGUGGUGCAGAUGUUGUUGUUGGUUGUGUAGGUACUGAUGUUCUUGUUAUUGUUGUAGUUGGUGCAGUAGUAGUUGUUGUCGUUGGUAUUGCAAAUGUUGUUGCUGUCGUAAUUGGUGCAGUGGUUGUUGUUGUCGUUGUUGGUGCAGAAGUUUUUGGUGCAGUUGUUAAUAUUGUCGUUGUUUGUGCAGUAGUUGUUGUUAUAGUGGGGGCAGUAGUUGUUGUUAUCGUUGUUGUUGCAGAUGCUGUUGUUAUAGUGGGGGCAGUAGUUGCUAUUGUCAUUGUUGGUGUAGUAGUUAAUAUUGUCGUUGUUAGUGCAUUUGUUGCUGUUGUAACAUAUGCAGUAGUUGCUGUUGUCGUAGUUAGUACAGAAACUGUUGUUGUCGUUGUUGGUACAAAAGUUGUUGUUGUAGUAGCUGGUGCAGCAAUUGUUGUUGUAGUAGUUGGUGCAGAAGUUGUUGUUGUUGUAGUUGGUGAAGAAGGUGUUGUUGUCAUAGUUGAUGUUGUUGUCGUAGUUGGUGCAGAAGUUGUUGCCGUUGUUGAUACAAAAGUUGUUGUUGUAGUAGCUAGUGUAGCAGUUGUUGUUGUAGUAGUUGGUGCAGAAGCUGUUGUUUUUGUAGUUGGUGAAGAAGGUGUUGUUUUCAUAGUUGGUGCAGAAUUUGUUGUUGUCGUUGGUACAAAAGUUGUUGUUGUUGUAGUAACUGGUGUAGAAGUUGUUCUUGCCGUUGUUGGUACAAAAGUUGUUGUUGUAGUAGUUGCUGCAGAAGUUGUUGCUGGAGUACUUGGUGCAAAUGUUGAUAUUGUUUGCACGCUAGUGGUGGAUGUUGUAAUAAUUGCCCAACUUGACUGA